AUGUCUCCCGUGUCUGGUCACUGGCCCCUCGUUGCCGCCAAUCCAUUUGUCGAGAGGGAAGAGCUUUCGGGGACCCUUGGCGCUAGUCCCGGGUCUCCUCUCUUGUGCUCUCUCUCUCUCUCCUCGCCGCUUCACCUCAGUUCUCUCCUCUUACUCGACGAGUCGCCUGCCUUUUUUUUUUCCCCCCGCGCGGCGGCGGGCCAAAACGAACGAGAGAAAGAGAGAAGGGGAAGGGAUGAGCCCAUGAUUGGUGUCCGGGCUUCGGUUGGCCCCUCUCCGCAAUCAACGCUCAUGGGGACCUUGGAUUGGGUUGAUCCUGGUUACACAAACCUGCGCGCGAGCGAGAGCCAAAGGGGGUGGCAUCCAAACCACGACGCCAAAAGAGAGCCAGAAUCGGAAGAUGACUCGACGAGGUUGAAGGAAUAUGGAAAAUUCACUCGUGACGACGAGACAAACCAAGCGGAGGCCGCGAGCGUGCAUAACACACAUGCAGGCCAGGCGAGGUCGGAGCGCAGCAAUGAGAUGUCAGACUCCAAGUGUCUUUGCGUCCGUUGGGAACAUACCACCAUUGAUGAGGUCCCUGAAUGCCUCGUAGCCCAGAUAGGUGCCUUGGCUCAAGAUCCAAGUUCCUUGCCCGGGCGGCCAGUAGGCCGGUUGGCGGAGAAAGGAGUUGCCUGCCUGCCUUCUAACAGUAGGCACCGGCCGUUGAUGGGGCCGAGGGGUAGACGGGGCACGGUGAACAAGCCAGCUGAAGGGAGAUAA